ACGACUCGGUGCCCGCAGUCUUGCCAGACGACUCGGUGCCCGCAGUCUUGCCAGACGACUCGGUGCCCGCAGUCUUGCCAGACGACUCGGUGCCCGCAGUCUUGCCAGUUGACUCGGUGCCCGCAGUCUUGCCAGACGACUCGGUGCCCGCAGUCCCGCCAGUUGACUCGAUGCCCGCUGUUCCGCCAGUUGACUCGAUGCCCGCUGUUCCGCCAGUUGACUCGGUGCCCGCAGUCUUGCCAGACGACUCGGUGCCCGCAGUCUUGCCAGACGACUCGGUGCCCGCAGUCUUGCCAGACGACU